GAACGAAGAUAGCGAUGCAUCAACAGCAUAGUUCAAUUAUUUAUCAGUCUCGACGUUCUCGUUCUCUUCCGCUCCGUCGUGUCCACUUUGAACUGCAUGGCAAACGAAAACCCCCUCCCCCAUCCUCCACGAUACGCCUUCGCAAACCUCUCCUUCUCCCUUCUCCGCUUAUAUUCCUCUCUCUACUUCAAUUCCAUCGCGAUUGCAAUUGCAAACCGCGCAUACCUCUGGUCCGCUCCCCUCGAUUGCACCCACGUGCCACAGGACAGUGAAUAAGCCCACCCUUUGCUCCCAGCCACAGCGGGAGGAUUGGCAAAUUCGGCCCCGGGACCAUGGCCUGCUCCCCGCAAUUGCACCUGCCGCAGCCCAGCCACCAGCACCCACCCGCACAGCAGCGAAGGCAGCAUCAACAGCCGCUGCGGCGACAGCAGCAACCGCAGGCAGGAGUAAGACGAACAAAAAGCGAGAAGAGAGGAGCAGGAGGAGGGGAAGGAGGAGAAGGAGGAGAGGGAAAACAACGACGACGUGAAAGAAGAGGAUAACGACAAGAAGAAGAGCACGAGAACGACAACAACGAGGAAGGACAAUGAAGCAGCAGCAGGAGGCGGGCGACGAGGAGGGCGAAGAGUGUGUGUUGACAAGGACGGAACACGCUGAGCACGAGAAGCAGGACAAGGGCGGAGGAAAGGGGGCAAAACACCAGAGCAGAAGAAGAGAGAAUGACGAGCAGCAGCACGAGGAGCAGCGUGAGGAGGUGGAGGAGGAGGAGGAGGAAGAGGAGAAGCGCAAGCCGUGUGUUGGCGUUUGGAAAGCGCAACUCGAAUAUGGUGGCAAUGGAGGUAAUAGCAAUAACUACGGGAGGGGUCACAACCCAAAUCGGGCGUUCUUCACAAGGGAGCACACGAAGCUACUGAACAAGAUCAAAUUCCAGGAAGCGGUGGCGGAAGCGACGAAGAAGCAAGUGGAGGUCAAGGAAGUUGAAGUCACUCAGCCAAAGAAAAUCGAGACAAAGAAGGAGGAAGUAAAGAAGCAACCUGCGACAACCAGGGAGGAUGAGAUGAAAAGAUGGAUGACUGCUACAUUCGGCAGUUCGUUGCGAGCCUUGACGGAGAAGGUAGACAAGGUGGAUGAUAAGUCGAAGAUGGCGGAAAAAGAACGGGAGGAACUUCGACUAUUGCGAGCGGAGAAGGAGCUACGCGAACUAAAGGAGGGAUCGAGUUCGGAGAAACGGAAGAGCCUGAGGGAUGGGAUAGCCCCAAGCACCUCACCACGAGCCGGGCGGGUGAAAACAAAAUCGACGGUCAAAGCUCGGAGUCGACCACAGAACGGGGUGCUCAUCAUGUCGGACGAUGACGAGGCAGGGAUCAGCAGGUGCAGGGGGAACCUGGGGAAGAAAUUUGAUGAAGCUGGGGCUUCAAGAUCGGCAUCCACGUCGACGGAGAUGGGGGAAAUAAAGGAUCUACUGAAGAGCCUCGUCGAGGCGCUGCCUAAGCUGGUCGGGGCACAAGAUCGCUGGAAGGCCGUCGUAACUGAAGAGAUAAACGAAGACGACAACGAGAAGAUGGAAGCGGAGCAAUCAGGGGUGGAGGAAGAAGAAGCGGUGGAGGAGAAGGAUGAACUCGACCUAGUGGCAUACAUGAGAAAUCGAGUGGAAAGCUACGAAACUAUGCACUACCUGCAUAUCCGUACGCUGUGCGCAGAGAAAGGGAUAUCAUACAUUAGGAAGGAUCUGGGGGUGAUGGAGCUAGCGAGACUAGGCCUAGAGGAUUAUAUGAAGUCCCUACGGGAGAUGGAAGAAAAUGGGGUCACUGUCUCAGAGCCUGUAGAGGAGGACGAUAGAGAGGACGAGGUCGAAAAUGUACAGAAAAACUAAGAUCCUACUCGAAGCGGACAAUGCUGAGGUUGUUCACGAAGACAGGGAUACUUAUGGAGCAGGGGUAGAUUGAAAAGUACUGUGUAAUCGCAUCCAAUGUGGAAUUGUGCUAUAUGGUUGUAUGUAGGGUUACUGGAAAUGGGGGAGGAAUUACCUACAUUUUUUGAAAAAGAUGAAUAAGGGGGAAAGGGAGUCAGUCUUUGAUGAAGAUGCCUCGUCAUGUGUUUAUGUGAUUUUUUUGCCAAAAUGUAAACUGCUCUAUGUGGGUAUGACUAACUGGAGGGAGUAUAAUUAUGUCAGUAAGACUAACUGGAAGCAGAAAGUUCAUAUUUUACUCAGGAAAUUUGGUAUCGACAACUACGUUGCUCUUCCUAUAUGGUGUUGGGGGGGCUGAGGAGAUAACAUCUAUGGAAAAAGAUAGCAUUAAAAGACUGAGCCGUGCAUUGAAUGGAAAAUGCAAGAAGAAACAAAAAUCAUAGAGGAGA